AGGCCAGGGGUUCCGUUGAGGGGUUUUGGGGGUCUCGGUUUGCCUGCCACCCGCUGGAGACGGGGUGGAGUUGAUAUCCCGGACGAAGAGAAACUGCUGUGCUCCGAGAGACUGCCUCUCAAGAGGGCUGUCAUUCCCGCAGGCCAGAAAGAGAGCCCCGAUACCUUCCAGUGUGAGACCCAGUGCCCCUCUCCGAUUCCCUGCAGGCUUUCGUCCCCGCCAUGGCUGAGCUGAUCCAGAAGAAGUUACAGGGAGAAGUGGAGAAAUAUCAACAGCUACAGAAAGACUUGAGUAAAUCCAUGUCAGGGAGGCAGAAGCUAGAGGCACAACUAACAGAAAAUAAUAUCGUGAAAGAGGAACUGGCCCUGCUGGAUGGGUCCAACGUGGUCUUUAAACUUCUGGGUCCCGUGCUGGUCAAACAGGAGCUUGGGGAGGCUCGGGCUACAGUGGGGAAAAGGCUAGACUACAUCACAGCUGAAAUUAAGCGGUAUGAAUCCCAGCUCCGGGACUUAGAGCGCCAGUCAGAACAACAGAGGGAGACCCUUGCUCAGCUGCAGCAGGAGUUCCAGCGGGCCCAGGCAGCAAAGGCAGGGGCUCCUGGGAAGGCCUGACCCCGUGGUGGGGGGAAGGGGAGGGGCGGGAAUGAGGCAGCUCUAGGGUCUAUACUGUAGCUAAUAAAAUGUGAAAAUACCUGGCCAUUUUCUGACCAGCCACCUCUGUCA